AUGAAGCAACUAGAAGAUCCAGUGUCCAGUACCUUCAACCAUAAGGACAUACUGAAAAGCAUGACUAAAGCUGGGGAUGUAUCAUUUAAUAACCCUCUACGUUUUAUUGAUGAUGCUGUAAGGCCUCCAUCCAAGGGCAGUCCUCGGUUUGGGACUCUGAGUCAUCAUUCCUUCUUCUCCAGGCACAACCCGCAUCCCCAUAGAGUGACUCACAUUCAAGGUCUGAAUGGAAACCCUGUGUGCAUGGUAAAUGACGACUGGUAUGCUUCUACCCCUCUGUGUCCACACCCUUUAAUUAGAAGCCAGUUUCCCAUGACUGUUUUGGGAGCUCCAGGGUUGGAGUUGCCCUUUGGAGAGCUUUACGGAGGUGGUACACAAAUACAGGGCACAGGUUUGCUGUCGGAGGCCUGGAGAGAGGAGCUUAAAGAUCUUGCAGCUAAAGUCUGUCUGGCAGGCCCUUUUGAAAAAGAGGAAAGGAAAGUAGAAGAAGUACUGGUACACAGAGUUACACAGUACUCUGAACAGACUGGUCGAAUAAUCCCACCAUCAUCACGAGCUGCAAGUCGCCGUUCAAACCAGGCUUCAAGAAGACAUGCCCGAACCAAGGGUCAAUUUCCAUCUGCAGCUAUCUGCAAUCAGGAACUUGUGGUUCUGGAACUGCUCUGUCAAAUUCUCCAAACUGAUUCUUUAUCUCAAGUUCAGCAAUGGUUACUGUCAGCAGGGCAACGUGAGAAAGACAUGGUUAUGGGAAUGAUCCAAACUGCAGUGGCAAACAGACCCUUUGACCAUCAACAAAUUGGUGAGAAUCCGGAAAGAUUUAUCACUCAGAUGUCUCCACUGGCGCGUAGUUCCUCCUGCCCCUUGACUACUGGACACAACAUGAACAAAAACCUGCUAAAUCGAUUCUACCAUGAACAGAAGCCCAAACCAAUUAAAGAAGAGGAGAUGCCAGAGCGUAUUGGAACAGCAGAGGUUCUUCAGAUUCACACAGAUCCGUCUCUUGAGUCGCAAGAAAAUGAAAACAGUAACUCUGGAAACUCCAAAGACAAUUUAAUUCAGUAG